AUGGGUUUAUCUUUUAUAAAGCUGCUAGCUUUAGGCUUUGUGCCAUUUGCUACUGCUUAUGACCCGCGAGAGAUUUUCCAAGUCACGGUUCAAAGCGGCGAUCCCCAAAUUGAUUCCCUAUGGUUCCAAAAAGGCGUACAAAAAAAUGGCCUCAUUAAUCUGUCCUUUGGGGAUAAUAAUGCGGCCUUCGUCCUUGACGGCAAUCAUUUAACACUGCUAAACGAUGAUUUGUCCGAAUUCGCUACUGGAUUUAUCGACAACGAUGACAACGGGAUCUUGAAAUUCGGUAAUAGCACAAAAUUUCCGCCUACCAAUUUCUACGGCUAUAAAGAAGAUCUGUUCGCCGAGGACAGCAGUCUAUUGUGGUUCUCGUGUCAGAUACAAGACCCGCCUCAGAUUACAGUUGUUCUAGCAACUGCUGCCCACAGUGGGUGUCAGCAGCUUGGGGAAGUCAGUUUUCAGUACCAGCCAACAGGUUAA